UGCUGGGCGCUCUGGGCGCUGCCCCUCCCCGGCCCCGGGGCCGCCCUGAGCGGGGAGCAGAUCCGGGGCAGCCUGCUGCAGCAGCUGCACCUCAGCCAGGUGCCCGUCCUGGACGAGGGCGACGCUGAGGGGCUGGUCACCCCUGCCCAUGUGACGGCCCAAUACGUGGCCCUGUUGCAGCGCAGCCACAGCGCACGCUCUCGAGGGAAGAGGUUCAGCCAGAAAUUCCGAGAGGUGGUGGGCAGGUGGCUGGCGUCGGAGGCUUACCUGCUGGUGUUCAGCAUGGAGCAGCGGCUGCCCCCCAACAGCGAGCUGGUGCGGGCCGUGCUGCGCCUCUUCCAGGAGGCGGUGCCCUGGACAGGAAGGCUGUCCCCGCACAGCGCCUGCACCCGCGUCACCACCAAGUGGCUGUACAUCCGUGAGGACAGCUCCAACCGCACCUACCUGGUGGACUCCAGGCUGGUGUCCCUCCACGACAGCGGCUGGAAGGCCUUCGACGUGACCGAGGCCGUGACCUUCUGGCAGCAGCUGAGCCGGCCUCGGCAGCCCCUGCUCCUGCAGGUGACGGUGCAGACCGAGCAUCUGGGCCCGCCGGCCGCGGGCGCCCACAAGCUGGUGCGCUUCGCCUCCCAGGGGCCCACGGGCGCCGGGCAGGGCGAGCCCCAGCUGGAGCUGCACACGCUGGACCUGGGGGCCUACGGAGCUCAGGGCGAUUGUGACCCGGAGGCGCCCGGGGCGGAGGCCCCCCGCUGCUGCCGCAGGGAGAUGUACAUCGACCUGCAGGGGAUGAAGUGGGCUGAGAACUGGGUCCUGGAGCCCCCGGGCUUCCUGGCCUACGAGUGUGUGGGCGCCUGCCGGCAGCCCCGGCAGCCCCUGCCCUUCAAGUGGCCGCUUCUGGGGCCUCGGCAGUGCAUCGCCUCGGAAACGGCCUCGCUGCCCAUGAUCGUCCAUGUCAAGGAGGGAGGCAGGCCCAGGCCCCAGGUGGUCAGCCUGCCCAACAUGAGGGUGCAGAGCUGUAGCUGCUCCUGG